AUGUCUAAUAAUCAAGAAGAAGACACAACCGAAGAAUUUCGACAACCUCCAGUUCCAAACCUCCAAAUGCAAGCGAUGUUAGGGGAGAUGAGGCGUAUGUUGAGGGCUGAAUUAGAACCUAUUCACGAAAGGUUGGACAGGGUAGAAGCGGAAACUCCUAGGGGCCAGCAACAUGACAUCCACAAUAGGCAGCAUGGUGGGCGUGGUCCGUGGCGGAAUGUUGAUGGAGAGGCGGAGUCGGAGGAGUUUGAUGAGCAAUAUUUGAACCGAGGCAGGAUUGAGCGUGGGUAUAGAAAUAGAGAAGCUAGGAUGGGUAGGCCUAGGAGGGAUAACGAUUUAGGAAAUAUAAAGAUUAAAAUCCCAUCUUUUCAAGGUAAAAAUGAUCCUGAAGUUUAUUUGGAGUGGGAAACUAAAAUGGAGAUGGUUUUUGAUUGUCACAACUACUCAGAGAUAAAGAAGGUUAAGUUGGCUGCAAUUGAAUUUACCGAUUAUGCCAUUGUGUGGUGGGAUCAAUUACUGAUUAAUAGGAGGAGGAAUAGAGAGCCACCCGUGGACACUUGGGAGGAAAUGAAAAUGCUUAUGAGGAAGCGUUUUGUACCCAGCCACUAUUAUAGGGGAUUGUAUCAAAAAUUACAGAGGUUAAUUCAAGGAUCUAAAAGUGUGGAUGAGUAUUACAAGGAGAUGGAGGUAGCUAUGAUCCGGGCAAAUGUAGAAGAGGACCGGGAAGCCACCAUGGCUAGGUUUUUGCACGGUUUAAAUCGUGAGAUUGCGGAUAUAGUCGAGAUGCAGCACUAUGUUGAGUUGACAGAUAUGGUGCAUCAAGCCAUAAAGGUGGAGGAACAAUUCAAACGAAAGGGAUUGGCUAGGAGGGGACUGCCUAUGGCUACAACCAGCUCGUGGAAGACAACUCCAAAAAGGGACGAGCAGCAACAAAAUAAGCCAAAAUUUGAAUCCUCUAAGAAUGCCAACUUAAAGACCGCCACUACUUCAGGUACAAUCGAGACUUCAAGUUCUAAGACACGUGAUAUUAAAUGUUUUAAAUGUCAGGGGCGCGGACAUAUAGCCAGCCAGUGUGUAAACAAGAGGGUGAUGGUGAUAAAUGCCCAAGGAGAGCUUGAGUCAGAAAAUGAGGAAGAAGUAGAUAAUGAUGAUAUGCCAUCUAUGGAGGAUGCUGACAAUGAGCAAAAUGCUGUGGUUGGAGAUUUAUUGGUUGCAAGGCGAGUUCUCAAUGUGCAGGUUAAGGAGGAAGAAAGUAACCAAAGGGAGAACUUGUUUCAUACUCGGUGCUUUGUAAAUAACAAAGUUUGCAGUGUCAUUAUCGAUGGUGGGAGUUGCACAAAUGUAGCCAGCACUUAUUUGGUGGAGAAAUUGGCUUUAACUACCUUGAAACAUCCUCAACCUUACCGGCUUCAGUGGUUGAAUGAAUGUGGGGAAAUCAAGGUGACAAGACAAGUGUUGGUGGCAUUAUCCAUUGGCAAAUAUGAGGAUGAGGUGCUUUGUGAUGUGGUUCCUAUGCACGCAUGCCAUUUACUGUUGGGAAGACCAUGGCAGUAUGAUCUGAGGGAGUUUGAAGAUGUCCUUCCUGAAGAGGUACCAUAUGGUUUACCUCCAAUCCGAGGGAUUGAACAUCAAAUUGAUUUCAUACCUGGUGCAUCAAUUCCAAACCGACCUGCUUAUAGGAGUAAUCCCGAGGAGACCAAGGAACUUCAGAGGCAAGUAAGUGAAUUAUUGGAGAAGGGGUUUGUGCGUGAAAGUAUGAGUCCUUGUGCGGUUCCGGUGCUGUUAGUUCCCAAGAAGGAUGGAACAUGGAGGAUGUGUCUUGUGUUUCUUGGUUUUGUUGUUAGUAAGAGAGGAAUUGAGGUGGAUGAGGAAAAGGUGAAGGCAAUCCAAGAGUGGUCAACGCCUACAACAGUCAGCCAAGUGAGGAGUUUCCACGGCUUAGCUAGCUUCUAUAGACGGUUUGUGCGUGAUUUUAGUAGCUUAGCCGCCCCUCUUACUGAAGUCAUCAAGAAAAAUGUGCCGUUUAAGUGGGGAAAAGAACAAGAAAAGGCAUUUAGUCUGAUCAAAGAAAAGUUAACUAAUGCACCUUUGCUUGUUUUACCUAACUUUGCUAAAACUUUUGAAAUUGAGUGUGAUGCUUCAGGCAUAGGUAUUGGAGCUGUUUUGAUGCAAGAAGGCCGUCCAAUUGCUUAUUUCAGUGAAAAGUUGAGUGGGGCAGCCCUAAAUUACCCUACUUAUGAUAAGGAGAUGUAUGCCUUGGUGAGGGCUUUGGAAAAUUGGCAACACUAUCUAUGGCCAAAGGAGUUUGUGAUUCACACAGAUCAUGAGUCUUUGAAGCAUUUGAAAGGACAGCAAAGGUUGAACAAACGCCAUGCCAAGUGGGUGGAAUUCAUUGAAACAUUUCCGUAUGUGAUCAGAUAUAAGCAAGGUAAGGAAAAUGUGGUGGCUGAUGCAUUGUCCCGAAGGUAUGCCUUACUUUCCAUUUUAGAUACAAAAAUGCUUGGCUUUGAAUACAUUAAGGAAUUGUAUGCUCAAGAUUCUGAUUUUGGUGAUGUGUUCAAUGCAUGUGAAAAAAUGGCGUUUGGUAAGUUUUAUAGGUAUGAUGGAUUUUUGUUUCGGGAAAAUAAACUGUGUUUGCCAAUAUGUUCUUUGCGCGAAUUGCUUGUGAGAGAAGCUCAUGGUGGUGGUUUGAUGGGUCAUUUUGGUGUAGCUAAGACUUUAGGAAUUUUGCAUGAACAUUUUUUUUGGCCUCAUAUGAAACGUGAUGUGGAAAGAAUUUGUGAGAAGUGUAUCACGUGUAAACAGGCUAAGUCUAAGUUGAAACCCCAUGGUUUGUACACCCCUUUGCCAAUACCUAGUGAACCUUGGACUGAUAUUUCUAUGGAUUUUGUUUUAGGUUUACCUAGGACUAAGAGGGGGAGAGAUUCAGUUUUUGUGGUGGUAGAUAGAUUUUCCAAGAUGGCACACUUCAUUGCAUGCCAUAAAACUGAUGAUGCAUCACAUAUAGCUGAUUUGUUCUUCAAAGAAAUUGUUAGGUUACAUGGUAUGCCUAAGACCAUUGUUUCUGAUAGGGAUGCAAAGUUUUUGAGUUACUUUUGGAAGACUUUGUGGGGAAAGCUGGGAACUAAGUUGUUGUUUUCUACUACUUGUCAUCCACAAACGGAUGGCCAAACUGAAGUAGUAAAUAGAACUUUGUCGUCUUUGAAGGACCGUUUUCCAGAGAAGCGGCGUUCAAAACUCCUACCUCGGGGUGACGGGCCAUUUCAAGUAGUAGAACGCAUCAAUGAUAAUGCCUACAAGCUUGACUUACCAGGUGAGUAUGGUGUCAGUGCAAGCUUUAAUGUUGCUGAUUUGUCUCCUUUUGAU